CUCCUCACCCCGUGACUCCGAGAGCUCUCUUUCACACGUCACAGCUGCGUGUCCAACCAGUUUCGUGGUUUCCCUAUAACUCGUCUCCAUUUUUGUCUUUUUUUUUUUUUUUUUUUUUUAAUCCAGCUAAAUCCCACACUUUGGAUAGUGUUUAAUUCCAACCCUGUAAAAUCUCUCACUUGCCUUUUUUUUUUUAUUUUUUCAAGCAUGCAUUCAAGUAAGGUUGAAUGUUCCAGGAGCAUUUCAGUCCAACAGUGCAAAGAGUGACUUUUUAUUUAUUUAUUUUAGUCUUGUGCUUGUUUGGACAGUCAGCUUCCAUUUUUUUUAAACUAUUCUGUGAAAGAAAAGCUGCUGUGCUCUGAAUGUGGAAGCACAGCCUUGAGUCUCUGUUUCUGCCACAGCUUUCUGAUUAUAUCUUGUUUAGGCCAAGACUUGGACUUGGGUAUUUCAGUGUAAUGUCAGCCAUCUAAUCCAGAUCUUGAUGAAUCAGAGCAGGAACUAUGCAGUUGGCUCUUAACAAUCUGUAUUUUAAACUGAAAAUUGUAAUCUGCUUUGUAAACUUAAAAUCAGAUUGCAUUUCUCAGCUUGGCUUAGUCUACUCAGUGAUCUUCUGUGAGCAGCUGCUGUAAGGCGAAACUUUGGCAAAGCAUUUGGGUGGAAAGAGCUGGUUGUGCUUAGCAUUUUUAUUCUUACUAGAACUGAGUGUGUCAGAACUGUGCUUUCUGAGGCAGGAGGCUCAAAGGUCAGUGUGACAUUAGAGGCUGCAAAAGGCUGAAGUGUCUCUGCUCAGAGGCACUGCUCUCAAGGUUUGCAUAAGCUCUAGGAGCUGAGGAGAGAAUUGGGAUUAUGUGCCUGAAUUUGAGGCUUGGUCUCUGUGCAGGAAACAGCUGUGUAAAUGAGGAAUUUUCUCAGAGGAGCAAUUUGCCAGAGUCUUACUGUCAAGGCAAGGGAGUGUUGAGUGAUGGCCUAAGUCAGGAGAAGGGUCUGAGUCACGCGUGGCUCAGCCACCCCAGCUCUGUGCCAGGCUCUGGAAGGUGCCCUAUUCCAUGUACCAGCCCUGUGCCAGGCUGUGGAAGGUGCCCUGUUCCAUGCCCCAGCUCUGUGCCAGGCUCUGGAAGGUGCCCUGUUCCACACCCCAGCUCUGUGCCAGGCUGUGGAAGGUGCCCUGUUCCACGCCCCAGCUCUGUGUCAGGCUCUGGAAGGUGCCCUGUUCCAUGCCCCAGCUCUGUGCCAGGCUGUGGAAGGUGCCCUGUUCCAUGUACCAGCUCUGUGCCAGGCUGUGGAAGGUGCCCUGUUCCAUGCCCCAGCUCUGUGCCAGGCUGUGGAAGGUGCCCUGUUCCAUGCCCCAGCUCUGUGCCAGGCUGUGGAAGGUGCCCUGUUCCAUGCCCCAGCUCUGUGCCAGGCUGUGGAAGGUGCCCUGUUCCAUGCCCCAGCUCUGUGCCAGGCUGUGGAAGGUGCCCUAUUCCAUGUUCCAGCUCUGUGCCAGGCUCUGGAAGGUGCCCUAUUCCAUGUUCCAGCUCUGUGCCAGGGUCUGGAAGGUGCCCUAUUCCAUGUUCCAGCUCUGUGCCAGGCUCUGGAAGGUGCCCUGUUCCAUGCCCCAGCUCUGUGCCAGGCUGUGGAAGGUGCCCUAUUCCAUGUUCCAGCUCUGUGCCAGGCUCUGGAAGGUGCCCUGUUCCAUGCCCCAGCUCUGUGCCAGGGUCUGGAAGGUGCCCUAUUCCAUGUUCCAGCUCUGUGCCAGGCUCUGGAAGGUGCCCUGUUCCAUGCCCCAGCUCUGUGCCAGGCUGUGGAAGGUGCCCUGUUCCAUGUGUCACUGCUCCUGGGGAACCUCAGAGGUCGUUGCGAGCUCCCCGUGUCACUUCUGCCUUGCCCAUUCCCUGUCACGAGGCGCUGCCCACCUGACCAGAUGUGCAUACCUGGGGGGAUUGCACACGUGGUGUCUCUUGCACGGGGUCUCCAGAUGUUCUAACUCAUUGCUGGGUGUUUGUUGGGUGGCUGAAUUGUCCUUUAUUCCUCCUGACACAGCUGCACCAUUCCGGGCCCUGUGAGCUCCUGGGGUGUCCCUCAGCUCUUUAAAUGGACAAACUGUUUGUG